AUGAGCCGCAUUGCCUGGGACCUCCCUGGGUACCAGUUCCUGGUCCGGAUGGUGGCCGAGGGCGGGGCAGCCGCGGCGCAACAGGUAUUCGACGAGGUCGCCGGUGAGGUAUUCCAACUCAUGGUACACACCGUCGGUCACGCGCUCGUGGAAGCAUUGGAGUUCUGGACGGACGAGCAGAUCACGCGCGUGCUCGGGAUCCUCGGCGCGGCGUCUCCCAGCAAGAUCGUCGCGGCUGCCACGAACCAUGCAGGGUCCAACAUCCUUCAGACGCUGGUCGGUAAAAUAACCGGGCAGCAGGGGCACGUUGAGUCUUUCACCAGGACCCUCGCCGGCGUCCGGGUGUCCGGCGUGCUUUCCAUGAUAGAAGACAUGGACGGCAGCCACCUGAUCCUGAAAUGCCUCGACACGUUCUCAGCCAAGCAGAACCUGGUACACGUCGUCAGUUUCGACCCACCUUUUCCUUCGGUGAUCUAA